AUGGUAAUUGCUUUUAGAAAAGCAAGGAAGUAUGUAAGACUACAUAUAAAUUUCUGUUUUUGUAGGAUGCCUCCUAGAAGAAGAACCUCUGCUGAGAAGGAGUCUUCUCGCCAACGUCUGAGAGCUCUAGAGAAUGCUCUCAUUGCCCUCGCAAAUCGAUCCACUGUUCCGGCAAAUAACCAGUCUGUCUUUGAUCGGUUUGAUCGUCACCGUCCCCCAGCCUAUGAGGGUACUGCCGAUCCUGUUGUUCUCGAAGGUUGGUUGCGUAAGAUAGAAAAACUCUUUGACGCGACCGGCUGCCCAGAUGCUGAAAAGGUAGCUAUUGGCUCGUAUUACCUGAAGAAAGAGGCUGACAACUGGUGGGGUAUGGUCAAAGCUGAAUGUCUUGCUACCUCUGGCUUUGGGUGGGAAAAGUUCUCCAAGAAGUUGAAGGAGAGAUUCUAUCCGGACGAGUUGAGGUGGCUUAAAAGAGAAGAGUUUCUCUCUCUGAAACAUGGUUCUAUGUCGGUGCAAGCAUAUACUAACAAGUUCACAGAGUUGUCUCGUUUUGCUGCUGUUUUGAUCCCUUCUGAAGCUGAGAAAGUGAGGUUGUAUGUGAGGAGGUUAGACGCUUGGAUUAGGGUACCAAUGAUGUGUUCAGGUGCUGCUACUUUCCAGAGGGCUUAUGAAGUUGCCCUUAGUGCUUAUGCUGCAGUUCAGGAGGAAGAAGAUGCUAGGCGUGCUCUCACAGCCAAGAGGCCCCCUCCCUCAUUUCAUACUGCAAACCCCUCCAAGAAGUCUAAGCUUAUUCCUGCGAACAAGGGGAGUACUUCUGAUUCUAGACCAAAGAAGUGUUUCAAGUGCCAGAAAGAUUGGCACGCUGGCAAAAAUUGUGAUGGUUCUAAUGUCAAGUGUUUCUAUUGCAAUGAUGAGGGUCACCAUUCGUACUCUUGCCCUAAGAAUUCUGAUGCAAGCAAGACAAUUACUGGUAGUUAUGCCCCCCUCCGUAACAGGGUUUAUAAUAUGUCCGAAACCGAGGAAGAAUCGGAUGUUGAUGUCAUUGCUGGUACUAUUCUCGUAAACUCUAUUCCUGCUUAUGUUUUAUUUGAUACUGGGCUACUGCUUCUUUCAUCUCUUCUUCCUUUACUGAAACAGCCAAGUUGA